AUGGACCGCGGAUUAAGUGAACUCCUCAAAUGGAGUGUCGAAAACUCAGAAGCCUCGAGGCAGUCAGUGACCAACUCCGACGACCCGUCUGCGGCUCGCAUUUCAUCGCCCAAUGGCUUGAACGAAGCGGCAUUGAGGGCGCUCAUGGGCGGCCCCUCGGAUGCCGACCUCAUGAAGGAAUCUAUUGCGGCCCUGCUCUCGGACGAGGUCGACUUGGAGAACAAGAUGAUCGCAUUCGACAACUUUGAGCAACUGGUGGAGACGAUUGAUAAUGCCAAUAAUAUGGAACCUCUUGGUCUGUGGACGCCUCUUGUGGGGUUUCUUCAACACACAGAAGCAGAUAUGAGGCGCAUGGCUGCGUGGUGUAUAGGGACUGCAGUGCAGAACAACGAGAAAGGUCAGGAUAAAUUACUCGUUCUUAAUGUCCUUCCUACCUUAGUAUCGCUUGCCACGACAGAUCCGGAUUUGAAAGUCCGCCGAAAAUCCAUCUACGCUAUUUCCUCUGCGGUUCGCAAUUAUCAACCCAAUAUGGACGAGGUCGUGUCACAUUUACCCCCGCAAUACAAACCAGCGGAACAUGUUGAUGCCGGAGAUAUGGAAGCCAUCGACAAUAUUUUAAAUCGGCUGCGAGGUGGCCCAGUUUGA